GCCUGGAUAGAGAGAAGCAGAAACAGGCACAGAGUAUAACCACCAGAGAGAGAUGGGAAGAGCUCCUUGCUGUGACAAGGCGAAUGUGAAGAAAGGACCUUGGUCCCCUGAAGAAGAUGCAAAGCUGAAGGAGUACAUAGAAAAGUCAGGGACUGGAGGGAAUUGGAUAGCUCUUCCACAGAAGGCUGGGCUUAGAAGAUGCGGAAAGAGUUGCAGAUUGAGAUGGCUUAACUACCUCAGGCCCAACAUUAAACAUGGAGACUUCACAGAUGAUGAGGAUAGGAUAAUUUGCAGCCUCUUUGCGAGCAUUGGUAGCAGGUGGUCAAUAAUAGCAGCUCAAUUACCAGGCAGGACGGACAAUGACAUCAAGAACUACUGGAACACCAAGCUGAAAAAGAAAAUAAUGGGAUCUCACAAAAAAUGCCAUCAACCCAGCCCCUACGCAUCACCAUAUUCGGGGUUUGAGCCUGCAUCUAUAACAUCAUCACCAUUUUCAGCUCCAUCACCAUCAAUAUCAUCAGUAUAUCACAAUUAUCAUACCACCACCCAAUUUAGGUCCCUCUCAGGCUAUGAAACUUUUUCAUCAACCCCGCCAAGUCUGUUGAACGCUAAUUGUUCUUCAACAAGUACCGGUUUUCAAGAAGUUCAACAUAUGGGUGGUUCCAUGCACAGUUACCUAGUUCAAGACAGUAGUCUCCUAAGGUUCGGAGGUGAAGCUAGCUGUAGUUCUUCAGAUGGCAGCUCCACAAAUCAGAACAGCUACGGCAAAGAGGUAGAGCAUGAUUUACAAAACUAUCUCUGCAGCACUGGUGUUGAUCAUGAAAAUCAGAAGAUUAUGAUCAACAGUGACGUCACUAUUGAAUACGCUGAUGAUCAGAAGCCAUGUAGUGAAAAUCCACUGGAUUAUAGUCUUGAAGAGAUUAAACAACUGAUUAGCACCAAUCUCUGCAACAACUUCUUCGUUGAUGAAAACAAGACAGAUGAAAAGGUGGCAUACUACAACUGAUGCCGACUGUUGCAGGUACAGUCAGAAGGUUUUGAAGGGAUGGAUCAUGAAUCACGGAUGGUGUUGAUUCGAAGUAGUCUUUAGUAGGCUUCUCCAUUCGUGGGGGUUAGGACUUUUGUGUAUUUCGAUGAAAACGUACACCUUUUUUGACAGUACAUAGUUAGUGAUGAAAGUCCCCAUGUCCAUUUUGUUUUCCGGGAAAUGAUCGAUCGACGUG